AUGAAUGAAAGUAACAGUGGAGAAGUCGAUAAUAUUGGCGACAAAACUUAUGAACAUAUAUACGGUAUUGAUAAAAUAGAUACACCUGAAGUUGACGAUAACGAUAGCGAUACAUUUGAAAUGAGCUAUAAGAAUAUGGAUUUUAAUGACAUGGAUUUUGAGCAAACAUAUACCAUGUAUUCGACAUUACAACAGAAGAAGGCGUUGAACGUGAUGGACCAGUUGCAGAAGGUGCAGAUGUUGAACCAGCAAUAUUGUACUGGGAUUGGCCAGUACGAACAGGUGGAAAAGAUGAAACCAGGAUAUGGACGCGAGUCAUCGAAGAUGUUAGAAUCACAACCAAGAGAUGAACCUAGAGAUGAGUUUGAUCAGUUUUUUUCGAAUAAUGAGUCUAAUGCGUUAGAAAAGUUUUUGGACAACUUAGCAAACUCGAAUGGGUCUGCUAACCCAAUGCAUAUGUACAACGACGGUCAAUCAAAUUAUCAGCAUGAUUUCCCUGUCUUUGAGUUGCAUACCAUGAAAGCUCCUACUAUGCCUAUGCCAACACCACCCCAACAUUCAAUAUCUCCGAGCGAUCCCCAAAUGAUCGGCCAUGAUACACACGGCGUAAUAAACAACAGCAAGAAAGUAUUAGCUGACGCAUUCGGUCAUCCUUCGUUAAAAAACUUAACAACUCCCGAUGCGUGCCAAUUACCUACACCAAUGGAUAGUAGGCAAUCGUCUACAUCAUUCAACGUCGUUUCUGAUCACGAAAUGGAUCAAGAUUCAUUUAGUAGUGAAUUAUCGACUCCUCAAGCUGGUUCUCCGGGAGCGAAAAAGCGCAAGAGAUCCUGCCACAAGCCUUUAUUGACAGUAGAACAAAAGCGUCUCAACCACUCUCUUUCUGAGAAAAAGAGAAGGCAGCAAUGCAAAUUGGCAUACGAAAGAUGUUUACGUCUUAUCACUAAUAUUGACGAUUAUACCGAUGUAAAAGUUGAUAACUCGAAGGGAAAAUCAAAAAGAAAGCAAAUUAACAAAGAUGGGUUACCAAAUUUAUCAAAACACACCGCUUUAACCAAAAUUACUAAUGAGAUGAUUAAGAUUAAGGAACAAAAUGAUGGUUUAAAGAAAUUAUUAAACUUGGAAUAG